CAUUAACCUCCGGGUUAGCACAGUGUUUCGUCACUAUCAUGCUUAUGUGGUAAUAUUUUGAAAUACGUAUCGAGAAUAUUGUAGUAAGAAUGGAUAUACUUAAAGCUGAAAUCGCAAGGAAGAGGAAACUUCUCGAAGAGACGCAGCUUGUUGACGACCAGAAAAAGUGCUUCAGAAGAGCAGAUCUAGCACGUAAAGAGCAAGAGGAAUACUACAGAAGAUGUGGCUAUCAGGUACAGGGAGAGACUCCUGUGAGCCAGAUUGAAAAGUCAGUGGAAGAUGAAUCAUCCACCUCAACUAAUCCAGCGUUAGAACUGGAGCUAACGGAAGAGAAGCUGCCAAUGACCCUGUCACGGCAGGAGGUAAUACGACGGCUUAGAGAACGAGGGGAGCCAAUCCGUCUUUUUGGAGAGUCAGAUUAUGAUGCCUUCCAGAGACUUAGGAAGAUUGAGAUUCUUACCCCAGAAGUUAACAAGGGUUUGAGGAAUGAUCUGAAAGCAGCCAUGGACAAGAUCGACCAGCAAUACCUCAAUGAGAUAGUAGGAGCAACCGAGUCAGGAGAAAUGGACACUCAGCAUGACCUCCAAGUGCAUGAAGAAAACACCACGAUAGAAGAACUGGAGGCUCUUGGGAAAACUCUGGGCACAGGAGAUGAUAACCGAGAUCAAGAAGUUAUUGACAAAGUUUUGAGGUUUCUUCUCGGUGUUUGGGCCAAAGAUCUGAAUAGUCGAGAAGACCACGUGAAGCGCAGUGUUCAAGGGAAACUGGACAGCGCAACACACUCACAGACCGAGUCCUAUCUCAAACCUCUGUUCAGAAAACUCAGAAAGAAGAGUAUACCAGCUGACAUCAAAGACUCAAUCACAGACAUCAUUAAGUUCAUGUUGGAGCGAGAAUAUGUCAAAGCAAAUGAUGCAUAUCUACAGAUGGCUAUUGGUAAUGCUCCAUGGCCUAUUGGCGUGACCAUGGUGGGUAUCCACGCCCGUACUGGUCGAGAAAAGAUUUUCUCCAAACACGUGGCUCAUGUUCUUAAUGAUGAGACGCAAAGAAAAUACAUCCAGGGAUUGAAGAGACUCAUGACUAUUUGCCAGAAACACUUUCCAACUGAUCCAUCAAAGUGUGUGGAAUACAAUGCCCUUUAGGUUAAAGUGCAGAUUUAUUUCUUCAGUGUUGCUGUUGUUCAGUUGUGGCAAAAUGUUAUUAAAAUAUUGUAUCAAUACACCACAUAUUUUAGAAAA